CUUUCCGAAAUUUAAGUCUCUCUCAAUAGUCAAACAUUUGCAAGAAAGAAGGUUAGGACUUUUAUAGAGAGCUCAUGAUAUAUAACCAAUUUACCAAUUUCUUCGUUGUUUCCUCCUCCUUCAUCACUAUAUAUUGACACCGGUAUUAAAGAAGUUUUAUAACUACAAAGCUCUGAUAUAUAGAUCCUAGACAUGGCAGUGCCAGCCAAAAAUCUUCCUGCUGAUAUCAUCACUGAUAUCCUCUCUCGACUGCCGCUCAAAUCUCUGGUCCGAUUCAGGUGCGUCUCGAAGCCUUGGCUUUAUUUCAUUACUCACUCUAGAUUCCCUUACUGGCUCCUCUAUCGCCAUCUCAACUGUGAUCCUCUUACUUACUGUCCCCAUAGCCAGAGCAAUGUCUUUCUCUCUUAUAAUAACAAGAAACAGUGCAGAGAAAUUGGAGGAUCAGACUCUAAACUGUUUUCUUUUGGUGGUGGGUAUCAAGAAGAUGCUUUUGGGUCAGCUAUGGAGGUCGAUUUUCCUUUAAUUAAAGGAAAAUCUUUUCAGAUCAAGACUGAUUGCUGCUAUGGCAUGUUCUGUUUAGCCAUUCAACAAAAUAAUACUAAUAAUAAAAGCACUCUGGUGCUAUGGAAUCCAUCUAUUGGCGACUAUAGGAUUUUGCCUCUUCCUGAAGAACUAGGUAUCUGUGAAGGAGUAUGCGGGCUCGGCUUCGAUUCAAGCAUGGAUGAUUUCAAAGUGGUUAGUGUCUGUGAAAAACAGGCUCAUGUUUUUUCAGUUAAAAAAAACUCGUGGAAAAAUAUUGGAGGAUUGGGUUACCAUGUUUUCUAUGAUGGGGUUCCUGCAAAUGGAUGUUUAUUCUGGGCUGCUAGUAAAACUCGCAAAUUUGCAGACAAAAUAUUAUGUCUGAAUCUAUCAAAUGACACAUUCAUGGAAAUCCCUCCUCCUCCUUUUGAUAAAUCCACUUCCCGACAUACUUGGUUUCAGGAAGAGGAAGAAGUCAUCGUAGUUGCUGAAUUGAAUUUGUUGCUUUGGGGAAAUUCCCUUUGUGCCUUUCGCCAGUAUGACCAGUCUCUUUGGGUUAUGAAAGAGGAGAAGGAAGAAAACAGUGGAGUGGUGAAAGAGAUUAUUUGGACCAAAAUUAUGAGUAUCCCCAAAAUAUCAAAUCAAGAAUCUCAUUUUCGAAUUUAUUACCGUUUGCAUCCAAUAUGCUUCACCAAGAGUGGUAAACUUCUGGUUUCUGUGAGACGCAAGUGGUUUGUAAUGUAUGAUGGAGUGAAAUAUCAAGAUGUUCAUGUCCAUGGCAUUCCAGAUGGAAGGUACAAUAAGGCCACUGUGUACACUGAAAGCCUUAUUUCACCUGCUAGCAUAAGGGGAAUGAAUGAUAUAGACUAAGCAGUAGAAGAAGAGAGACUUGAAGGUUCAAGAAUGUGUCAAUUUUAAGAGUUUUAUUAUGUUUAGCUUUGACUUGUGUGUUUGGAGAUGCUAAGAAGCUUACUGUUGUAGUUGUCUAUCUUCAUCUCCACCUUGUCUUUGUUGUGCUUUUUUUUUUUCUUUUGGAAAUAUAUAGUGUAAGAGCUUGUUACAGAUGCUAAGUUUUAUAGAUGCUGUUUACUGGUUUUUACUUGUUUGCU